AUGGCUUUCACUAUUGCUGACGGCAUUCAGUACUGCGAAACAGGAAUCAACGCCGGUCUUAGCAUAGACGAUUUUGCACCACGUCUGAGCUUCUUCUGGGGCAUUGGAAUGAACUUCUACAUGGAAAUAGCCAAAAUGCGCGCUGCUCGUCGCCUUUGGGCCAACCUUCUCAAGGAGCGCUUCAAUCCAAAAAGCGACAAAUCGCUCAUGCUCCGCACUCAUUGCCAAACCAGUGGAUGGUCCCUUACUGAGCAGGACCCGUACAACAACAUUAUUCGAACUACCAUUGAAGCCAUGGCAUCAGUAUUCGGUGGAACACAAUCAGUGCACACCAACUCCUUCGACGAGGCCCUCGGUCUGCCCACGAAAUUCUCUGCACGCAUCGCCCGAAAUACCCAAAUCAUCAUCCAGGAAGAGAGCGGUAUUUGCAAGGUGAUCGAUGAAAUAAUGGAGAUGGGUGGAAUGGCUAAGGCCGUUGCUUCUGGAAUGACCAAGUUAAGAAUUGAGGAGGCUGCUGCCAAGAAACAAGCUCGUAUCGACGCAGGGAAAGAUGUUAUCGUAGGCGUGAAUAAAUAUCGCCUCGCUGAGGAGGCGAAGGUCGAUGUGCUUGUCGUUGAUAACCAGAAAGUGCGUGAACAACAGAUUGCAAAACUGGAACAAAUCCGUAAGACAAGAGAUCCUGAAAGGGCCAAAGCAGCUCUGGCAGCCAUUACUGAAGGAGCAGCCGGUAAGGGCAACCUUAUGGAGUUGGCUAUUGAAGCGUCUCGAGCCCGAUGUACCGUUGGCGAAAUCAGCGAUGCUAUGGAGAAGGUUUUCACACGGUAA